ACCAUCUUGACCGUUCUUGCAAGUUCGUUACCGGCUCUCAUUCACCACGCGGUCGAGCCUACUCGUUCACGCUUCUUAUUACUUUGACGCAAGGUAACGUACAAACACGGAAAAUGAACGGCAUCGCCAGGAGUGUACUUAGGUUGCCGAGUGUCAAGAACCUGGUGGCCUCUGUCACCAAGGGAGUCAAUGUGCAGAAUAGCAGAGGUCUCUGGGCGGGCAGUGCAUUCCAGGAACCGAGCAACCUCGUGUCCUUAACGAGCCAGGCUCCAAGUCACAGGCACCCUUGCGCCUGCGUCUCCUGUAGAUUCGCUCACACCAAAGCUGAGAAGGAACUCGUUGAGUUUUUGGCUGAGGAAAUCGUUGCAGAAAAGAAAGCUCUUAAGUUCAAGACCAUCCCUUCUGAGCUCGAAGGCUUCAAAGUAUCUCUUGAUGGAGCCGAAGUUACCCUCACAAAAAAAGACGGCAAUGAAGAAAUCAUCAUCAGUUUCAAUGUAAACCACUCUGUGGACACAGAUACAGAAGCAGAGUUGGAUCCUCGAGACGACAAACCAGAUUUGGGAGAUAUGAAGAGCAAACCCAACUUUGAGAUCAAUGUCAGGAGAGGAGGUCAAACUCUAUCAUUUACAUGCUCUUUCAACAGUGAACCAGGAGCAUCAGGAGCAGAUGAUGCAUAUGAUGAUAUCUUUGGCAUAGAUGAAAUCACUCUCUAUGAAGGUGAACAUUCAGAAAAGAUUUAUUGUGUAGCAGGUGAAGUCAUUGAUGGGUACUUGUAUGAUCUUCUUAUGAACUACUUGGAAGAAAAAGGUAUUUCCAAUGAAUUUGCUGAGAAACUCAUUGAAUUCAGUACAAGUUAUGAGCACACAGCAUAUAUAGGUUUGCUAGAAGGUCUCUCUAAGUUUACAGCAAAAUAAUUCCUUGUUUUUUUAUUGCUUUGAUACAUAGAAUGUAAAGUCUGUACUCUUACAAUUAGAAUUUUAAGUGUUGUUGAAAAAAAUAAAUGAGAAAACUACAUUUCAAUUCUUACCUUAAAAAAUUUGAUUGAACUAUACCUUUUAUCUAUAAAAUAAUUAUCAUUUUAAGAAAAACUCUAUAGGUCUUCAUAAUCAAUAUUGUA